AAAGCCAAAGGCAAGCUUGGAACUGAAAGAGUUGAGCAGGCAGGAACCUAUACUGUGAAGCCCCAGGCCAGAAAGCGGUGUUCUGGAGAGGGUGAGGCUUGGCGGUCCAGGCCCCUCCUCACCAUACCUGCCCCCGCCCCUUUGGGUCUGGGAUGGCUCCUUUAAGAACAGCGGAUCCACCCCCUGUAAAGGAGGGCCUAUUAGAGCCUGUGCCCUGCUGUCAGUGACUCAGUGUUCGCGGGAACGCAGCCUCAGCUUUGACACCAGCCAACCCAGAUCCCGAGGUGCGCCAGCGCCCAGCCCAGAUCUCCACGCCUGCCAGGAGCGAGUUUAGAGCCAGCCAGUCGCCGGCUCUCUGUGCCCCUGAGCAGCCUCUGUCCUUCUGUCCAAGUCCCGCGCCCUUCUCGGGACCCCUGCCCAGCGGGCAGCAUUGCCACCCUGCCGGCCAUGGAGACCCCGUCCCAGCGGCGCGCCACCCGCAGUGGGGCGCAGUCCAGUUCUACUCCGCUGUCGCCCACUCGGAUCACCCGACUGCAGGAGAAGGAGGACCUUCAGGAGCUCAACGACCGUCUGGCGGUGUACAUUGAUCGCGUGCGUUCCCUGGAGACUGAGAAUGCAGGGUUGCGCCUUCGCAUCACCGAGUCCGAAGAGGUGGUCAGCCGUGAAGUGUCUGGCAUCAAGGCGGCCUACGAGGCCGAGCUGGGGGAUGCCCGCAAGACCCUCGACUCUGUGGCCAAGGAGCGCGCCCGCCUGCAGUUGGAGCUGAGCAAAGUGCGUGAGGAGUUCAAGGAGCUGAAGGCUCGCAAUACCAAGAAGGAGGGCGACUUGCUGGCUGCUCAGGCCCGGCUCAAGGACCUGGAGGCUCUUCUCAACUCCAAGGAAGCUGCACUGAGCACCGCUCUCAGCGAGAAGCGCACACUAGAGGGUGAACUCCAUGACCUGCGGGGGCAGGUAGCCAAGCUUGAGGCAGCCCUAGGUGAGGCUAAGAAGCAACUUCAGGAUGAGAUGCUGCGGCGAGUGGAUGCUGAGAACAGGCUGCAGACCCUGAAGGAGGAGCUGGACUUCCAGAAGAAUAUCUAUAGUGAGGAGCUGCGUGAGACCAAGCGCCGGCAUGAGACCCGUCUGGUGGAGAUUGAUAACGGGAAGCAGCGUGAGUUUGAGAGCCGGCUGGCAGACGCCUUGCAGGAGCUGCGGGCCCAGCAUGAGGACCAGGUGGAACAAUAUAAGAAGGAGCUAGAGAAGACAUACUCGGCCAAGCUGGAUAAUGCCAGGCAGUCUGCUGAGAGAAACAGCAACCUAGUGGGGGCUGCCCACGAGGAGCUCCAGCAGUCUCGAAUCCGCAUUGACAGCCUCUCGGCCCAGCUCAGCCAGCUCCAGAAACAGCUGGCAGCCAAGGAAGCAAAGCUGCGUGACCUGGAGGACUCGCUGGCCCGGGAGCGGGAUACUAGCCGGCGGCUGCUGGCCGAGAAAGAGCGAGAGAUGGCUGAGAUGCGGGCAAGGAUGCAGCAGCAGCUGGAUGAGUACCAGGAGUUGCUGGACAUCAAGCUGGCCCUGGACAUGGAGAUCCAUGCCUAUAGAAAGCUGCUGGAGGGCGAGGAGGAGAGGCUACGCCUGUCCCCCAGCCCUACCUCGCAGCGCAGCCGUGGCCGCACCUCCUCCCACUCAUCCCAAUCGCAGGGUGGAGGCAGCGUCACCAAAAAGCGCAAGCUGGAGUCCUCUGAGAGCCGGAGCAGCUUCUCACAGCAUGCUCGAACUAGCGGGCGCGUGGCUGUGGAGGAAGUCGAUGAGGAAGGAAAGUUUGUGCGGCUGCGCAACAAGUCCAACGAGGACCAGUCCAUGGGCAACUGGCAGAUCAAGCGUCAGAAUGGUGACGACCCGCUGAUGACAUAUCGCUUCCCACCAAAGUUCACUCUAAAGGCUGGCCAAGUGGUGACGAUCUGGGCUUCGGGAGCUGGGGCCACCCAUAGCCCUCCUACCGACUUGGUGUGGAAGGCGCAGAACACCUGGGGCUGUGGGAACAGCCUUCGCACGGCCCUCAUCAACUCCACCGGAGAAGAAGUGGCCAUGCGCAAGCUGGUGCGCUCAGUGACCGUGGUUGAGGACGAUGAGGAUGAGGAUGGAGAUGAGCUGCUCCAUCACCACCACGGCUCCCACUGCAGCAGCUCGGGGGACCCCGCUGAAUACAACCUGCGCUCACGCACCGUGCUGUGUGGGACUUGUGGGCAGCCUGCCGACAAGGCUGCCGGUGGCUCGGGAGCCCAGGUGGGCGGAUCCAUCUCCUCUGGCUCUUCUGCCUCCAGUGUCACAGUCACUCGAAGCUACCGCAGUGUGGGGGGCAGUGGGGGUGGCAGCUUCGGGGACAGCCUAGUCACCCGCUCCUACCUCCUGGGCAACUCCCGUCCCCGGAUCCAGAGCCCCCAGAACUGCAGCAUCAUGUAAUCUGGGACCUGCUGGGCAGGGGUGGGGGCAGAGGCCUCCCGCUCCCUCCUUACCUCCUGCCCACCUCCUGCUCUGCCCCUUGUGGGAGCAGGCCUGAAGCCAAAGAAAAAUUUAGUCCCUGCUUUUGGUUUUUUUCUUCUAUGUUUUUUCUAAGAGAAGUUAUUUUCUACAGUGGUUUUAUACUGAAGGAAAAACAGGAGCAGAAAAGUCUCUGUCUCAGUCCUCAGUCCUUGCCUUGCUUCCUCUGUAUCUGCCUUAAAACCCCAGGGCUUCUCCUCGGAGCCCAGGGCGAGGACGCCGUUAUAGAAUCUAGUUUUUGUCCCGCUGCCUUGGCCUCGCGCUCUUCCCAGAACCCUGUGAUAUGGUGCCUGAGAGGCAGGCGCGGAGUUCCUAUCAGCCUUCUCCAGACAGCUGGCCCACUGCCAUGCCAGCUGCAGAGAAGGGGAGUGCAGAGGGGAUGGCUGAGAGGUCAACCCCUCCUGGGUCCACUGCACUUGGCGGAGGCUCCUCGGCCUGCCUUACCCUCCUCUUCCUGCCCCACCCCACCCCGAGCCUGGAGUCAAUGGAUUCUCCCAGGCACCUCUGCCUUGCUUGCUUUUUCUAUAUUUUAUUUAGACAAGAGAUGGGAUGAGGUAGAAGGAGGAGGGAGGGUAGUUUGAGCCCACCUUUUACCAGCUUUAGAGCCUGGUGGGCCCUGUCAAGUCACUGAAAGGCAAAGUCAAGUGGGGUACAGGGAAGAGCGAGAAAGUAGGGUGCUCGAAAGGGUGAGAGCCUGCUGGGGUCCUGCUACUGGGGAGGCCAGUGCGUAGAGGGUGUGGUGAUUGGUGGGUACAGCAAACACUAAGGAGCCCUUCGCCCCAUGUCCCAUCUGCAUCCCUGCUCUCCCUCCAAAUCAAUACACUAGUUCUUUCCAUC